CGGGUCUCGAGCAUAAAGCCGACUCGCGGUGGAUUCGGCUCGCACAGCUUUCCCCGCGCUACAAGAAGAUUGGAGAUAAUCAUUCUCCAACGUUCCAAUUGCCUAUGAUCGCGUGCUAUUCAGCGAAUCUUCCAUUUAUCUCAUGUCUAUUCGCUUCCUCUACACGAUGCGACCGCAAUUGCUCUGGCGAACACGUCACUUGAACGCCCCUCGCACCUUCACCACCUCCGCACGCUUCUUCUCCGCAGACCCGCCCGCCGCCUCGGUCGCAGCCUCGUUCCUCUCCCGCUUCCAAUCGUCCGGACCUCAAACACGAACUCAAAUCCUCGAUGCGAAUCAAUUACAACUUCUCACACUCACACUUAACCGUCCCUCCUUAUUUCCGGACUCGCCUUCGCUGUCCAACACACCAAAUGCGCCUCCACUUGACACUGCCGUGCCUCCGGGCUACCACCUUGUUUACUUCACGCCUGCUUUCUUAGAAGGAGAGCUGGGCGCUGAUGGCACCGAUGCAUCGUACAAUCCCGAGUCACCGUUUACAAGACGCAUGUGGGCCGGUGGGGAGGUCUCUUGGCCCCGGAGUGCGAACGGAAAGCCGAAUCCCCUGCGCGUGGGACAGGAAGUGCGGGAGACAACGCGCGUGCUUAGCGCCGAGGCCAAGGUAGUCAAAAAGACGGGCGAGGAUAUGAUUGUGGUUGGUGUUGAAAAGGAGUUUGCGAAUGAAAACGGCGUGUCAAUCAUUGAUCGAAGGAAUUGGGUAUUCCGCAAAGCGCUAGCAAUCCCAUCAGCCUCGACACCUAUGAGCACCGCGCCCAUGUCGACCUCGCAUCUCACAGAGGCCUCUGCCUCGGCAAUCUCCACCGAAGGCACCACACAUUCAAAGACCUUUGUUCAAUCCCCCGUCACACUAUUUCGCUUCUCCGCCCUGACAUUCAACCCGCAUAAGAUCCACUAUUCUCUACCCUGGGCCCGAGAUGUGGAGGGACACAGGGAUAUCGUCGUCCACGGACCGUUGAAUCUGAUCUCAAUUUUGGAUCUAUGGCGCGAUGUCCAGGGUCAAAGGAAGAGUGGUGUCGAUCCGACUGCGGUCAUUCCCCGGAGUAUCUCGUAUCGGGCGACUAGUCCGUUGUAUGCGGGCGAUGAGUAUAGGGUAGUGUUGCAAGAGGAUGGAGAUGUGGCCAAGGUGCAGAUUCUGGGCCCUGGAGAGACCGUUGCCAUGAAGGCGGAGAUUCAGGGGUAAAUGCUGUACCCUUGAGUAUAUAUAGACCACCCUUUGGAAGCCGGUCGCCUGAAUGAAUGAGGGCCUUUUCACAAUUUCACAAGGUAUUGUCCAUAUCAGACAGUCAAUGUUCCGCGUGGUAAAUCGACAACUCAACCGAGCCUACUCAUUGUAGACCGAAACUAAUAGGCCAACAUGCCAAUCGUGUAGUUCCCCUUUCUCGCCCUCUUCUGCCUUUCCUUUUCGAUCAAACCACACACCGUCAAUACAACCAUCGUGAUCAUCUCAUCUCCCAUAUCCUCUCUCAGAAGCAGAUGCCCACCACUCUUAGUACCCGGUGCAGCCCCGGAAUAGGCAGCGUAGACGGUAGAAGUGUCCAUAUCGCAAAGCUCCAGAUUUUGGUACACCCGAUUACCCGAAGGAGACGCCGGGAAUUCGGUCGUUUUCCAUAGAAAGUAUUUCUCGUCCGUCACGUCGGUCUUUUCGCCAGCUCGAGACGUUUUCGGGACAGACCACCGAUAAGAAUCGUGAUGCUUGAUCCAGACCAUGCGUGACGAGGCACCCCCAUGAGAAACUAUUUGCAUCUCGGAUGUGCGGAACUUGUUGAAGCGACAGCGACCGAGGACACGGUCCUCCUUUUUGGAUCCAUUGUACAUGGUGAUUUCGGUGUUGUCGCUGAAGAGACCGGUAAUUUCGAUGGAAUAUAGUGGGCUUUCGCUUUGGUGUUUGGUUGUGAUUUCCGUGUUAAUGCGCCAGGGGCCGAUGCGUGUGAAGAUGAGGUCGUUGGGGCUUGAGUGAGCUUUAUUGGUGGUUGAGAGGUUGCUUUUUGGUGGACUUUUUGUCAAGUCGGCACCUUGGAGAAUGUCUUGGUUAUCGUGUUGAGUAUGCAUGUUGUCGAGUAGUGAUAUGUUCCACGAUGUAUAGAAAGACUGUGCAGAAGGGAAUCG